AUGGCCUGGUGGAAAGCUUGGGUUGAACAAGAGGGCGUCUCAGUGAAGGGCAGCCCCCACUUCAACCCAGAUCCUGAUGCAGAGACCCUCUACAAAGCCAUGAAGGGGAUUGGGACCAACGAGCAGGCCAUCAUUGACGUGCUCACGAAGAGGAGCAACGCACAGCGGCAGCAGAUCGCCAAUUCCUUCAAGGCUCAAUUUGGCAAGGAUCUCAUCGAGACCUUGAAGUCGGAGCUGAGUGGCAAGUUCGAGAGGCUCAUCAUAGCCCUCAUGUACCCUCCAUACAGAUACGAAGCCAAGGAGCUAUACGAUGCCAUGAAGGGCAUAGGAACCAAAGAGGGUGUCAUCAUCGAAAUUCUGGCUUCUCGGACCAAGAACCAGCUGCGGGAGAUAACGAAGGCAUACGAGGAGGACUAUGGGUCCAACCUGGAAGAAGACAUCAAAGCAGAUACCAGCGGCUACCUGGAGAGGAUUCUGGUGUGCCUCCUGCAGGGCAGCAGAGAUGACUUGAGUGGUUAUGUGGACCCAGGACUGGCCCUGCAAGAUGCACAGGAUCUGUAUGCAGCGGGGGAGAAGAUCUGUGGGACAGAUGAGAUGAAGUUCAUCACUAUCCUGUGUACACGCAGUGCCACACACCUGAUGAGAGUGUUUGAGGAAUAUGAGAAAAUUGCCAACAAGAGCAUUGAGGACAGCAUCAAGAGUGAGACCCAUGGGUCGCUGGAGGAGGCGAUGCUUACAGUAGUGAAAUGCACACGGAACCUCCACAGCUACUUUGCGGAGCGCCUUUACUACGCCAUGAAGGGAGCAGGGACUCUCGAUGGGACCCUGAUAAGAAACAUCGUUUCCAGGAGUGAGAUUGACUUAAAUCUUAUCAAGAAUCAGUUCAAGAAGAUGUACGGCAAGACCCUCAGCAGCAUGAUCAUGGAAGACACAAGCGGUGACUACAAGAAUGCCCUGCUGAACCUGGUAGGCAGCGACCUCUGA